GUGUGCAUCUUGAGACAAAACAAAGGCACCGACACAUUUUAAGAUCAUUCGGUGUAAGUUUCUUUCUGGAGAAACCGCUCAGACUGUGAAACUGUACGUGUGUUAAUUAUUGUUACUCUAUUUGAGUCCCUAACAAGUGCGUUGACUACUGAACCAGGAGCUGAUUGAGACACAACUCUGAGAUUUAGUUUGGAUUGAUUUAUCUUUAAUUAUUCUCUUCUUAAACAUGACAGAUUGUCCAAACACAGAAAAACUCCUGAUGAGAUCCACACACUGUUAUAAAAGAUGGCGUUUAUUAAAGAGGAGACUGAAGACGUGAAGAUUGAAGAAACAUUGAGAGUCAAACAAGAAGAUACUGAGGAACAAACAGACCUCAUGCUGCUGAAAGAAGAGUGCAUAGUACCGAAUGAAACGGAAGAGGAAGAACAAUGUGAGACUCAUCAUGAUUUUAAAACCAAGGAAGAAUCUUUAAUUUACCCACAGAUUAAAGAGAUUUUCUCACAGAAAACAGCUCAUAAAACAGGAACUAAAAAUUAUUUCACCCCUUUUCACUGUGAAAAGAGUUUCACUGAACAUGGAAACCAUCAAGUCCACAUGAGAGUUCACACCGGAGACAAGUCUUUUACCUGCCAACAGUGUGGAAAGCAUUUCAAGCAUAAAGUAAACCUUAACAGACACAUGAGAAUCCACACCGGAGACAAGUCUUUUACCUGCCAACAGUGUGGAAAGAGUUUCAAGCAUAAAGGAGACCUUAACAGGCACAUGAGAAUCCACACUGGAGACAAGUCUUUUACCUGCCAACAGUGUGGAGUCAGUGUCACUCACAAAAGAAACCUUAAAGAGCACAUGAGAAUCCACACUGAAGAGAUGCUGUACACCUGCCAACAGUGUGGAAAAAGUUUCACAAAAAAAGGAAACAUUGACAACCACAUGAGAAUUCACACUGGAGAGAAGCCUUACGCCUGCCAACAGUGUGCAGUCAGUUUCACACAAAACGGGAACCUUAAAGUGCACAUAAUUCACAAUGGAGAGAAGCCUUACACCUGCCAACAGUGUGGAAAAAGUUUCACAAAUAAAGGAAAUCUUAAAGUGCACAUGAGAAUUCACACUGGAGAGAAGCCUUACACCUGCAAACAGUGUGGAGUCAGUUUCACACAAAACGGGAACCUUAAAGUGCACAUAAUAAUUCACAAUGGAGAGAAGCCUUACACAUGCCAACAGUGUGGAAAAAGUUUCACACAUAAAGGAAAUCUUAAAGUGCACAUGAGAAUUCACACUGGAGAGAAGCCUUACACCUGCAAACAGUGUGGAGUCAGUUUCACAAUUAAAGGAAGCAUUGACAGGCACAUGAGAAUUCACACUGGAGAGAAGCCUUACACUUGCCAACAGUGUGGAAAAAGUUUCGCACAUAAAGGAACUCUUAAAGUGCAUAUGAGAAUUCACACUGGAGAGAAGCCUUACACCUGCCAACAGUGUGGAAAAAGUUUCACAAAUAAAGGAAGCAUUGACAGGCACAUGAGAAUUCAUACUGGAAAGAAGCCUUACACCUGCUAA